UCGCAUGGACGAGGUGGUGCCGGCAACAUCGCCACCGACACCCACCCCCCCGCCGACCCCUCCAACUUCGUCACUCCCUCCAUCAAAACCGACCAUUACACCACCGGGCGCGGCGGCUCUGGCAACAUCGCGAAGAACGACCCCGCACACCCCGAGAUCGCACGCGCCGCGCAGGACGUCGGGCCCGUGCCGCGCGGCGACCCGGAGGUGUAUCAUACGGGGCGCGGCGGCGCGGCGAAUGUGGGAGGGGAGAAGGUGGAGAGGGCAGAGAAGAAGCCGGUGAAGGAGGAG